AUACGAACCAGAAAGCAAAAAGUACGGGGUAACAACCACAGCCUCCCAGAUUCACUUGACCUGUGAGUUGAGGAACUGAUUGGCGUUGUUCUAUUCAACACCUACUUUCACCACCACUUCCACCUCUCACACGCCUCCUCAGCAGACCCGAAUACGCCAGCGAGUACCUCCCUUUUCGCAAUUAAAUCUGUGGCUACGACAGCCUUCGCCCGUCGCAUUCAUUGUUCAUCAUGGCAUACAGUGGAAGGACAGGACCGAACGUGUCGGAGUACAUUGCGAACCUGAAUGCGAUUCCUCCCACCGCAGCAGAGGCUACGAACGACGACGACGAACUGAACUUCGACGCCGACCUGGCUAUGUUCACGAACACACAAUUCUUCGACUACGAUUUGGGCCAGGAUACCGAUCUACAAUCUACAAAUUUUGGCGUUGAUGGGCAGGAUGGAGCACCGACGGUUGCGCCCGACAGCGUGGACUUGAAGUCCCUAGAGUUUAUGAAUGGCGACUUCUCGUUUCCUGACUUCAAUAACUUCUCCCAACCCUCCUUCGACAAUGCCGCUCGGCCAUUGGCACCGAUCAACACUUCGCAAUCAAUCUACCCUGCUUCCUCCAGCGCAGGAUCACCAGGACCCGCCCCUCAAUCUGCGGGCACAAAACGAAAAGCGGACUCGGUAUCCUCUCCUCAAAACAUCGAAGAUGCCUCUCGAGUAGCCGCCGAAGAAGACAAGCGUCGACGAAACACUGCUGCCUCGGCCCGUUUCCGUGUCAAGAAGAAGCAACGCGAGCAAGCUCUCGAGCGCUCGGCGAAGGAAAUGAGCGACAAGGUCUCCGCGCUGGAGGGACGAAUCAACCAACUGGAAACAGAGAACAAGUGGUUGAAGAACCUGAUCACCGAGAAGAACGACAGCAAAGAUGACUUAGCAGUGCUAUGGAAGAAGUACAGCGAGAACGAGGCUAGGAAAGGUGCUGAGCGGACCGACGGUGUGGGAACUGAUGCGUGAUGCAUGACGGGGAUUGAGUGAGGCUUUCUGGGUUCUGGUGGGGGAGGCGGUUUUUUGCAUUGCAUGCGCUUGAUUCAGUUCGCGCCGGUGGUUUCCAUGAUACGAAGUUUAUGCAUACACGGAGUACGUGGGUGGUGGAUGUGGGGAUGGC